AUGUCCGAAGAGACCCAUGUUGAGGCAUAUUCCUUGCCAAUGCAAAAUGAAGACCUUCAUACUUCAACAAAUGGUGCAAAAGGAAGAGCCAAAAGAUCAAGCAACUUUAAUCGUAAGGAGGACAUUCAACUGUGCAUUUCAUGGCAAAGCAUUAGCUCGGAUCCUAUUAUUGGCAAUGAGCAACCAGGGAAGGCAUAUUGGCAAAGGAUUGCAGAGCACUACCAUGCUAACUGUGAUUUUGAGUCUGAUAGGAAUGCAAACUCUCUUGAGCACUUUGGGGUUCUUGAAGCUGAGGCAUUGUACUCAUCCAAUGCAUCGAAGAAUAGGGCAUUUAAGUUUAAUCAUUGUUGGCUCAAGUUGAGGAAUUCUCCAAAGUUUCAAACUCUAGAAUCCCACAAGAGGCCAAGGUCUAGGAAGUCUUCCACCCCAAUUAAGAGUGCUGGUGAAGAAGAUGAAGAAGGAGAUGAUGCUAGGAAGAGUACAACUCCUGAUUUAUUACAGCCAAGUGCUAAAAAAAGACCAAUGGGUAGGAAGCAAGCAAAGGAGAAGAUGAAGAAUGGAGAAGAUGGACCAUACAAGGAGGCGAUGAAAGAUUUGCUUGACGCCAAAGAGAAAGAAGCUAAAGUGAAAGAAGAGAGAUGGAAGGAAACUAAGGAGAUUCAAGAGCACAAGCUCUUAUUUGCUGAGCGUAAGUUAGUGUGGGAUCAAGAACAGAAGAUCAUGUUUUGUGAUGUUUCCACAUUGGAACCAGAUGUGAGAACAUAUGUGUUGGCUAUGAGGACACAAAUUGCAGCUUCAAAGGUGGCUGCCCUUAAUGUUGGAUUUGAUGGUAGUAGUGGCUUUGGAGGUGAGUUUGGUGACGGUAAUGGAGAAGUUUGA